AUGAAAGUACAUUCUGCCAAUCCUUAUAAGGGCCUCAAACCAACCAUACAGCUUUCUAGCUUCCCCACAAAUAUCUCUAGACUUGCUAAAAAUAACACCAUUAGAACCAUGCGUACGAGCCUGAGUAGUAUGGAUACUACUGAAGGGCUCUCAUUGGACCAGAUGGUCAAUUCGUCGUGGUUGAGACACCACCUUUACUUGUUGGGACUGGAUCUUAUCAAGCUCAAGCUUUAUCAGAAGUUUAGUCACUUGUUGACUACAGGAGGUGGAGGACUUAUCAAGAAUGCCGUAUUCGAAUUAUCGUCUUUUCUCAAGAGAGAGCUCGUGGAUAGACGAUGCCGGGCAGAUAGCCCCGAGUCCAGUAUUGCGAGUCAGUUGAAGGAGUUGAUCUCCUACAACUUGUCAUUUACUGCUGAUUCACAGAGAAGUGCUAUACUUGAUGGAGAGGACUAUCGAGAAUCUCAGUUUAAGUGGUUCUUCAUUGCCGUGGGCUACAUGAUAGUGACAGAAUCAGAGAGAUCGGUUGAAGAUUUGGCCGAUAAGAUUAUCUCCAUCUACAUGAGCUCUACGACGCCCACUAUCCCAAUCGACGCAGCUUCAGCUCCCCAGAUUGACAGAGACAAUGCUAGGAUACUAAGUUUGAUUCACCGCUAUUACAGAUCGGUCGACAUCGACUAUGAUCUUCUUUAUCGUCCACGGCCAAUCUCCAUCAGGAUGUUUGACUCCGUCUACUACCACAUUGAUCUUCCACCGCUUCCAAAGAUCGAGAACAAGUCGCUUCUCGCUAAGGCUUUGAUGCACAAGGAAAUGUACCGAGCAUUUCUUGUCAAGUCGCACCCUUUUAGCGAAAUGUUGCUUGAAGAAGGUAUCGAACCUACUAGAGAUUCAUGCAAGGUUAUUCGCUACGACCUUUCAUUUUUGGACGGUUUGGGAGACUUCUACUUGGCUCGUGAGUCUUCAAAGCUAUUGUAUCAGUUCAAGGUGGAGACAGCACCACCAUCAGAGGAUGCUGGUUUUGGCAGAAAGUCUUACAACAUGUUGAGAACUAUUCUUGCUACAAACACACUUCUUUCGAAGUUGGCGAUAGCUUAUAACCUCCAUCGUGGACUUAAUGAUCCAAUAAUUUACCAGUUCUUGUUGGAAGACUACGUUCCUCACAUAUCUACCUGGUCGAGUCCUGAGUUUGAUAUGUCUGACGACGUCAACGGUGUCAUGAGGUAUGAGCAGGAAUUCAUUGCAGAUUAUUUUGAACAGUACGUUGGAGCAUUGUUUCUCGAGCAGCCAGAAGUUGCACAGGACUGGAUCAACAAGAUAUACCACAAUAUCUUGUUACUGAUACCAGAUCUCCACACCACUCCCGGGCGAAUUCUUAGGUACGACUACAGGGCCUGGAGCCAUGACGUGAUUGGAAGACAAGUUAUGUAG